CCUCAUCUCUUGCGAGCCAAGAGCACGCGGGAGCGAGCGUCAGCUUCCAAGGACGCACCGCGGGCACGAGAGCUUCAGGUCGUCUGGAAGUCCGCGAGCAUCAACGGGAGCGACGGGCACGAGCUUCAAAAUAUGAGCCGAUCAAUCGAUAAAUCACAUUCAUUGAUUUUCUCUUUGUGUUGAGUGAAGCGGCGCGUGAUCACCACAGAAGAAGAAACCGCGGGACACGGUGACGUCAAUUUAUUCACCGAGAGGACAAGAGACAGCGGACCCAACCGGAGCGGGACAUGUGACGGUACCGGGCCGUUACCGGUAAACGAAUCACAGGCGGGGACAAUCAACAGGAGAGGCUCGGUACCGGAGAGCCGCACGAAGAGCAACAUGGGGCCGCGCGGCGUGCUCCUCCUCGCCGUGCUGCAAAGCUGCUCGCUGGCGCUCGGCGGCUGCGAGCCGCGCCUGGUGAACAUCGGCGCCGUGCUGAGCCAGAAGCGCUACGAGCAGGUCUUCAAGGAGGCGGUGACCUCGGCCAACGCGCUCUACGGGAAGGACAAGUUCAGGAUGAACGGCAUCUCCGUCACACACAAGCCCAACGCCAUCCAGAUGGCCCUCUCAGUCUGCGAGGACCUGAUCUCCAACCAGGUGUACGCCAUCCUGGUCAGCCAUCCUCCUCAGUCCAACGACCACUUGACCCCGACCCCCGUCUCCUACACCGCCGGCUUCUACCGGAUCCCUGUGGUGGGCCUGACCACCCGGAUGUCCAUCUACUCAGACAAGAGCAUCCACCUGUCCUUCCUGAGGACCGUGCCCCCCUACUCCCACCAGGCCCACGUGUGGUUCGACCUGAUGAGGGAGUUCAGGUGGAACCACAUCAUCCUCAUCGUCAGCGACGACCACGAAGGACGAGCCGCCCAGAAGAGGCUGGAGACGCUGUUGGAGGAGCGCGAGACCAAGACUAAAAACAGGAACUAUGAAAACCUCGACCAACACAGCUAUGACUUCAGGAGAACACCCAAGGUAUAAACUUGCAUGGUCAGCUGAUGCACGCCGCCCAACCAAUGAGCUCGCUCGGCAGUAGCAGCACGGGCCCCACCCCCCCGACCCAGAGAUAGACCCUUAUCCUGAUGGCUCGUCUGUUCUCCAUCAUCUCUUUACGUUCGUUUUGAUUUAUCAUGACUC